AUGGCUCCCUUUCCUGUUCUCCUCCAUCCAACUCUCCUGCACGCGGCGCGCGAGGGCCACUGUAGCCUGCAGCGGCGAACAAGGCGAGGCGCGGCAGCGGCAGACCUCCUACAGACGCGCCCGGUGGUGCUCAGGUGGAGGUCUGGUGGCCCCCUUCGCGCGUGCAGGGUGCAGGUCCAAUGGCCCCCUACAGCGCAUAGGGAGGAGAAGACAGUGGUCAGAGCUGAUCUCAUCGGCAGCAAAUGCAAGACGGCCAUAUUGUCGGCCGUCGCCACGCUAGAAGGGAUCAAGUCCAUGGACAUUAACGACGAGAACUGCACGCUGACGGUGGUCGGGACGGUGGACCCAGUGGCCAUCGUGCUGGAGCUCAAGAAGGCGUGCCUGGCGGCGGCGAUCGUCAGCGUCGAGGACGACAAGCCUAAGGAGCCCGAGCCGCCCAAGGAGGACGUACGAGGAUCCCUGCCAGUGCCGAGAGGCAUGUGUGGAGGCCUGCGUCGAAGCCUGCGAGAAGGAGUGCGUGCCUGGAUGCUACUGCUCACCAUGCGUGCUGCCGAACUGCUGCUACUACACAGCACUCAGGCCUGCGCCGUAUGGCUAUGGCUGGUACUACCGGUAGCUUUGGUGGGAUAA